AUGACCGGUAAUCUUCAGCAUACCGGAGAACCGAUUGCCAUUGUGGGAAGUGCUUGCCGCUUUCCAGGUGAUGCAACAACCCCCUCGAAGCUAUGGGACCUGCUUAAAGCACCUCGAGAUGUUCUUAGCGAAAUCCCAGAAAGCCGCUUCAGCACCAAAGCGUUCUACCACCCCGAUGGCCUUCAUCAUGGCACUACGAACGUUCGACAUUCCUAUUUGUUGUCCGACGAUCAUCGAUUGUUCGACGCCCAAUUCUUUGGAACCAAGCCAGUGGAAGCAAACUCGAUUGAUCCACAGCAAAGGCUGUUGCUCGAGACUGUCUACGAGGGCAUUGAAACGUCUGGCAUUCCCAUGGAGAAUCUACAAGGGUCUAACACGGGCGUAUACGUUGGUUUGAUGACCAAUGACUAUGCCGAUAUGCUAGGUCGGGAUGUACAGAACUUUCCAACUUAUUUUGCAUCGGGAACUGCCCGAAGUAUUCUAUCUAAUCGUGUCUCCUACUUUUUCGACUGGCGCGGUCCUUCGAUGACCAUCGACACAGCGUGCUCUUCUAGUCUGAUCGCGCUACACCAGGCUGUACAGAGCUUGCGAAGUGGCGAGACUGAUGUUGCUGUCGCAGCAGGAACCAAUCUUCUGCUGGGACCGGAGCAAUACAUUGCAGAGAGUAAGCUGAAGAUGCUCUCCCCAACGGGCCGCUCGCGCAUGUGGGAUAAACGCGCAGAUGGAUAUGCACGUGGUGAUGGAAUUGCUGCUGUCAUACUAAAACCAUUGAGCGCAGCAUUGGCAAAUGGAGAUCACAUCGAGUGCAUCGUUCGGGAGACAGGUGCCAAUCAAGAUGGUCGCACCAAAGGAAUUACAAUGCCCAACCCUGUGGCUCAAGCAGACCUUAUUCGGACGACGUACGCUCGAGCUGGACUUGAUCUUUCUAAGCCCACCGACCGACCACAAUAUUUCGAAGCUCAUGGUACCGGAACUCCAGCAGGUGACCCAGUCGAGGCGGAGGCCAUCAGCACUGCAUUCUUUGGAGAAGCAGCCAAAUAUCACCGUGAUGGUGACCAGGAGGACCCCUUGUAUGUUGGGUCCAUCAAAACAGUCAUCGGUCACACCGAGGGGACGGCUGGAUUAGCAGCGGUCCUCAAAGCCUCGCUUGCUUUACAACAUGCUGUCAUCCCGCCAAACCUACUGCUCAAUGAGUUAAGUUCCACGGUACUUCCCUUCUACAGCGAUCUUGAAAUUCUUCAAGUCGCAAAAGAAUGGCCUGAACUUCCAAAGAAUACCCCUCGCCGUGCUAGUGUGAACAGCUUUGGAUUUGGUGGUGCAAAUGCACAUGCAAUUCUAGAAGCAUUCGAUGCGCGCCUGCUUACUCGUGGUCGCAACACCGCAGAUGGCAGCUCCGUAGCAGUGUCACCGUUCAAUUUCUCUGCUUCCUCCGAAAAGUCGCUUCUUGCCAACAUUGCAGCAUACGCGGCAUAUUUGCGAAAUCAUCUGGAUGUCAAACCCCGUGAUCUGUCAUGGACGUUGAACUGUCGGCGUUCAACUUUGCCAGUACGGCUAUCGGUAACUGCAUCAAGCCCACAAGAGCUUGCUGCAAAGCUAGAUGAAGCGGUCGUGUCCUCGGCAAUAACACCAAGCACGCAAACUGGAAGCAUUCGCGAACCAAAACUCCUUGGAGUCUUCACGGGGCAAGGAGCACAGUGGGCAGGGAUGGGUGCUGAAUUGCUAAAAAGCUCACCAAUGUUCAGUGAUUGCAUCGCCCGUCUCGAUCGGUCUUUACAAGAACUACCCACGGAGCAUCGCCCUGUUUGGUUGCUGAGGGAGGAGCUUGGCAAAGAUAAGUCCUCGUCUCGCAUUGGGGAGGCGGCGUUCUCGCAACCUCUUUGUACAGCAAUUCAGGUUGCGUUGGUUCAGCUUAUUCGGGCAGCCAAUAUAAAACUCACUGCUGUCGUUGGCCAUUCAUCUGGCGAGAUUGCCGCAGCGUAUGCCGCGGAAUAUCUGAAUGAAGAGGACGCUAUCCGCAUCGCCUAUUACCGCGGGUGGUCUCUGCAAUACGCAACAGAUCAGGAAGGACAAAAAGGGGCAAUGAUGGCCACGGGGACAUCAUUUGAAGAUGCAAAGGAGCUUUGCGAGAUGCCGUCACUCGAGAACAGAAUAUGCGUAGCGGCUAGUAACUCCUCUGCUAGCAUCACACUUUCCGGGGACGCCGAUGCGAUCGACGAGGCUAGGGAAAUCCUUGAAGAUGAGAAGAAAUUUGCUCGCUUGUUGAAAGUAGACAAAGCUUACCACUCACAUCACAUGCUUUCCUGCGCAGGUCCCUAUAUCACAGCUGUCCGGAAGUGUGGAGUAGCCAUUCAGCGCCCACCGAGUGGCAGUGCUACCUGGAUAUCUAGUGUUUAUGGCGACAAUAUUGACAAUGUGAAGGACAAUCUUGCCGAUACAUACUGGAGCAACAAUAUGGUCAAACCUGUACUAUUCUCCCAGGCCGUCACUUAUGCAGUUGGUGCAGCUGGGCCAUUCGACAUGGCUUUGGAGAUUGGCCCUCAUCCAGCAUUGAAGGGGCCUGCAAUGCAAACGAUCCAAGAAGUCUCUGGCCAGACAUUGCCGUACACCGGGACCUUAAGCCGUGGCAAAAAUGAUAGUGAGGCUCUCUCAUCCGCACUGGGCGCUCUGUGGAUUGCUUUGGGUGAGAGUGUUGUGGACUUUGCGGGGUUUGAAAUGAAGGCAAUGCAACAGCAAAAUCUUCCACAGCUCAUCAAGGGCCUUCCAUCGUAUUCGUGGGAUCAUGAUCGGGUUUAUUGGCACGAAUCCAGAUUAUCAGCCGCAAUUCGCACAGAAAAAGAACCAUUUCACUCCCUACUGGGUGUGAAAUGCCCGGACGGCACAGAAAAUGAGCUGCGCUGGCGCAACUAUCUUCACCCCAGGGAGGUUUCAUGGUUGGCACAUCACCAAGUCCAAGGUCAGAUGGUGUUUCCCGCUGCUGGGUAUAUAUCGGCGGCGGUUGAGUCUGUCAUUCAAAAGUAUGGCCUGGGUUCUGUGCAACUGAUCGACUUCCAUGAUGUGGUCAUUGGACAAGCAUUGGUGCUUGAAGAGAACGGGGGAGUGGAAACAAUUUUCAGACUGUCGAUCGAUCAAGUUCAGGCUAAUUGCGUGUCUGCGUCUUUUUCCUGUCAUUCCGAUUCAAAUAAGGGGUCAUCCAACAUGUCUCUUCACGCAUCUGCCACCCUGCAAAUUAUUUUGGGUGAGCCCACACACGAUAUCCUCCCACCACAAGCCCAGCCUCAAGGUUCAUUCCUGGAUCUCGAAGCCGACCGAUUCUACAACUCGGUUUCCGAUCUUGGGUUUGGCUACACCGGCCCCUUCCAGGCGCUUUCCAACUUGCGCAGAAAAAUGGACGAGGCAUCAGGUCAUAUCGGUGUCCCAGAGGAUUCCGGAAUCGAAAGACCGUUAAUCAUUCACCCAGCGUCUCUUGACGGGGCCAUUCAGUCCAUCAUGCUUGCUUAUUCCUUCCCAGGCGAUGGACGUCUACGUACGCUUUACCUUCCCACUCGAAUUGACAGGCUUCGCCUCAAUCCGACUGCCUGUGUCACUCUUGCCCCCCCUGGUGUAGAUCUACGAUUCUAUUCUGCAGUCACAGAAGCCCGCUUCGCUGAACUCUCGGGCGAUGUUGAUAUAUUUUCCGCAGACGGGAGACACACUUUGGUUCAACUUGAAGGACUUCAUACAACACCACUGAGUCCAUUGACAUCAAAAAAUGAUGUUCCCUUUUUUACAGAAGUCGUCUGGGAUGUUGACAGACCCACUGGGCGACAACCAGACAAAGUCGAAGAAAUGCUUCCCCAAGACCGUUCCUUAGGCAUGGAUCUCGAACGUGUCGCCCAUUUUUACUUCAAAAAACUCGAAAAUUCACUUCAGCACUCCGAUCGUGCAAAUGCUACUUGGAACCAUACCCAUUUUCUCUCAUAUGUGGAGCAUUGUACAACGUCUGUUGCUAAUGAGGAGCAUAAAUUCGCAAAGCCGGAAUGGGCCAAUGACACCAUAGAUGAUGUUGCUCCAAUUCUAGACCGUCAUUCCGAAAGUAUCGACAUCAAAGUGUUGUCUGCAGUUGGCAAAAGUCUUUCUGCUAUCAUUCGGGGAGAUACGAAUCUUCUUGAAAUUCUGAUGCAUGACAACAUGUUGGCGGAAUUCUACUCCAAAACACUUGGAAUAGACACCUACUUGGAUGCUGUUGCUCAGGCGGCUCGCCAGAUCAGCCAUAGAUACCCCCAUGUUAACGUUUUGGAGAUUGGAGCUGGCGCCGGCGCUACUUCAGAUCGAGUCAUGCGUGAAAUGGGCUCUUCAUUUGCGUCAUACACAUACACUGAUAUUGUGGACUCGCAGUUCGAUGAAGCACGUGAAAGAUUCUCGUAUUAUCAAUCCAGAAUGGCAUUCAAGGUGUUGGACAUCGAGAAGGACAUCGGAGAACAAGAGUAUGAAGAGGGUUGUUUUGACCUUGUCAUUGCCCCUCUGGCCCUGUACGCUACCAGAAAGCUUGAAGCAACCCUCACAAAUGUUCGUCGGCUACUCAAGCCUGGUGGCUAUCUGAUUAUGCUAGAGCUCACUGACCCUGAUGUGAUGCGCUUCGGGCUCAUCCUUGGUGGCCUACCAGGCUGGUGGUUAGGCUACGAGGAGGGAAGAACAUUAUCACCGUGUGUAUCGGAGGACGACUGGGAGGUUCUGAUGCAAAAGUCGGGAUUUUCUGCCUUUGAAGCCCUCGUGUCGUCUUCCAAAACCGUGCCUAUACCAUUCUCCGUUAUGGUUACCCAAGCUGUUGAUCACCGUAUCAAUUUCCUCCGUGAUCCGCUGGCGGCUAAUCAUAUUCCACUGGGUGUGGACUCAUUGACAAUCAUCGGAGGCAAAACUCCCUUGACUGCUGAUAUGGUAGCCGAUAUCAAAACCGCGGUCCGUCCCCACUACGGCAAUAUCUACACAGCCAGUUCUUUAGGCGACCUCAUCUCAGCAAAGCUGCCAGUAAUGGGGACAGUGAUUAGUUUGAUUGAAUUGGAUGGGCCAGUUCUGAAACACAUGACCCCCGCGGGUUUGAAUUCAUUCCAAGAGCUCUUCAAACAAAGCAAGAAUGUUCUAUGGCUGGGGCAUGGUGCUCAAGGGGAGAACCCCUAUGGCAACAUGUUUGUAGGAGUUCAACGCACAUUGGCCAUGGAGAUGACUCACCUCCAUAUCCAUUUCCUCAACCUCCAUUCACUGCGUGACGCCGAUGCCAAUAUUAUUGCAACAAAACUCCUUCAUCUGGAAGCCGCCGAAAUUUGGGAUCAAAGCGGACAGCUUGAUGGGAUAUUGUGGUCCAACGAGAGGGAAUUGGUGCUUGAGAAUGGGAACUUCAAAGUUCCUCGAUUCCACCUCGAUUCUGGCCGAAAUGAUCGAUAUAAUUCCUCAAGGCGUCUCAUCAUUAAAGAUGUUGCACGUGACAGGUCUGUGGUAACCAUCCAACCAACAGAAACUGGGUAUCAAAUUGAAGAAAAAGACCUUCGAGCCUCGCCCUCUUUCCCAGAUGAUGUGAAUAUUGAUGUGACUCACUCUUUGCUCCGUGCCGUCCGUAUCACUUCAUCAGACAGUUAUUUCUUGGUGGUUGGGAAGAAUACUUGGAAUGGUGAGCGUGUGGUCGCCCUGUCGCAUACUCUGGACUCCCAAGUUCGUGUGCCGAGUGGCCUAGCGGUGCGAUGUGGAGACUCUGAACACCUAGGAGUUCGAUCGAUGCUCACCCUCUAUUUCCAUUUUCUUGCUCUCUCCAUGUUACAACAACUUCAAUCGGGAAAGACGCUCGCUGUGUUAGACCCUGACUUUUCGCUGUCACCUGUCCUUACGAAAUAUGCAAACGAAAAGGGUGUCCACCUUGUGCUUUUGACAACAAAAGAAGGACACUGCUCGUGGCCAUGGAUCCGAAUACACCCAAACUCCACCCGGCGCGAAGUACUAACCAAGUUACCUGGCAUUAUUUCACGAGUUGUCAAUAUGAGUGGCAGCUCUGAUGUGACUAAUCUCCUAAAGACAUGUUUGCCGCCAUACUGUCAUUUCGAGAGCGAGAGCACGCUGACUGCAAACUGCUCCCAAUCUCUAUAUACCUCAGAUAGAGGCCAAUUGGCUAUGCAGCUGCAGAACUCCUGGACGAGAGCACAAUGCGACCUGAUGCCAGUCAAUAUGCACAAGUUUAUUGCUUUAGGACUCGAGGACUUGAUCCUUGCCCAGUCCCCGCUUUCACAGCAGUCUUUAGUUGCAUGGGGUGGAUCACAACUUGCUGUCCAGGUUCGCCCUGCUACCAAACAGGUCAAAUUUUCAAAAGACAAAACUUACUGGCUAGUUGGACUGACAGGCGGGCUCGGCUUGUCGCUUUGUCAGUGGAUGAUCGGACAAGGGGCACGAUACAUCGCUCUCUCAAGUCGUAAUCCAAAUAUUGAUGACCAAUGGUUGCAGAGAAUGGCUGCCAAUGGCUGCACUGUUCGAGUCUUUCCCAACGACAUAACGAAUCGGGAAUCCGUUCAAGUAACCUAUCGAAAUAUUAGCGAUAGCAUGCCUCCCAUUGCUGGUGUUGCACAGGGUGCCAUGGUGCUCCAGGAUACAAUGUUUAUUGAUUUGGAUCUUCCUCGCCUUGAGAAGGUUCUCCGUCCCAAAGUUGAAGGUAGCAUAUUACUCGACGAAUUAUUCCCAGAGGACACGUUGGAAUUCAUGGUCUUCUUUUCAUCAAUGGCUGCGAUGACAGGAAACCCCGGCCAGGUUGCCUAUAAUGCCGCGAAUAUGUUUAUGGCGAGCCUGGCAGCUCAGCGCCGAAGCCGUGGCUUGGCAGCACAUGCGAUUAACAUUGGCGCCAUUGUCGGUAACGGCUAUGUGACGCGAGAGCUUAACAUGGGUCAACAAUCAUAUCUUUACCGAGUUGGCCAUUCAUGGAUGUCUGAACAAGACUUCCAUGAGGUGUUUGCCGAAGGUGUCCUAUCCUGCUUAGACCGUGUAGGAAGUGCUGAGUUAUGCUGUGGACUCAGAAUUGACGAUGACGAGUCAAAGAGUUGGGUUUCUAACCCAAUGUUCCAACAUCUGGUUUACAAGUCUAGCAGUCUUGUGGUAGCGGAAAAGAAAGGGAAAUACGGCGUCUUGAUUAAAACGCGCCUGUUCGAGGCAACUUCAAAUCAGGAGGUUAUCGAGAUCUUACAAGAUGGCUUUGUGUUGAAGCUCCAGUCAGCCCUUCAGGCUGACCCCAACAAGCCCAUGUUGGACAUGAGUCCAGAUGAACUCGGUGUGGAUUCGUUAGUUGCCGUUGACCUUCGAUCAUGGUUCCUUAAGGAGUUAGGCGUCGAUAUGCCGGUGCUGAAAAUCUUUAACGCGGCGUCGAUUCGUGAGCUUUUGGCCACUACUGCUGAAGUUCUGCCAGAAUCCUUGAUUCCCAAUCUGAUGACCGGCGACCAGGCUGCAAAGCAACCUGGGCCUCAUACCACUAACGUAUUGAACAAGGUGGCCUCGGGUUUUCCUGUGGCUGCAAAAGCUUCUCGCACGGAUUUGCCUGUCGAAUUGAAGUUUGCACUUCCAGACGCAACAAACGCGUACAGUGGCAGCUCCACGACUUCUUUAAUCACUGGAGAUUCGAAUUCCGAAGAUAACGACGACACUUCUUCGUCCGUAUUUACUGACAACAGCGAAAUGGGGCCCGCAAAACGGGAAAUCCAAAGAACUGUGCCAAUGUCCUAUGGGCAGUCUCGUUUUUGGUUUCUAGAUCAUCUGGUCGAGGACAAGACAGCAUUUAACAUUACACCGACCUUCGAAUUGUCUGGUCGUCUAAGAAUUGAGGAAUUUGCGAAUGCUGUACAAACCGCGGCACAACAUCACGAAGCAUUGCGUACUUUCUUCUUCACUGACAAUGAGCGAAAUCAUAUGCAAGGCGUUUGGACGAGAUCGUCUUUGCGUCUGGAGCAUGUUGCAAUCUCGGACGAGACAGAAGUCAAACAGGCCUCGAAACAGAUGGAGGCACACGUGUUCAAACUUUCUGAUGGUGAGAUCAUGCGGGUUCGGCUGCUUUCGCUAAAUCCAGAAAAGCACUGGAUAAUCUUCGGCUUUCAUCACAUCAACAUGGAUGGCAUUAGCUUCGAAGUAUUCUGGUCAGACGUGGAAAAGGCAUAUGAAGGCCAGCCUCUUUCCGAAGAUGGACUUCAAUAUCCAGAUUUCACUAUGCGUCAGCUUCGUGAAUACGAAGAGGGCGCCUGGGCUGCUGAUAUCGCUUACUGGCGAGCACAAUAUAUCGAGAUUCCACCCGCAAUUCCCCUUCUUCCAUUUUCCCUACAACCUAUGCGGCCCAAGAUUGCUCAAUUUGGGUCUCAUACUGCUCAGAUUCGUCUCGAUAUCAGUUUGUCGGAUUCAAUUGACCGGUGUUGCCGGAUGUUCAACUCAACACCAUUUCACUUCCAUUUGGCAGUCUGGAAAACGCUUCUUCUGCGGUUCUUUGAUAUGGAGGAUGUUUCCAUCGGCCUGGGGGAUGGGAACCGUACCGAUGCCGACAUUCUGCGGAGCAUGGGACUUUUCUUGAACCUCCUUCCUGUGAGGUUCUUUCAGCAGCCAUGUCAAUCCUUUGGGGAAUCUCUCAAGGAGGUCCGGAACAUCACACAGGAUGCAUUUGGACACUCGCGUGUGCCGUUUGAUGUGAUUUUAACAGAACUUAACGUUCCGCGCUCCGCAUCACACAAUCCCCUAUGCCAAACUCUCUUCAACUAUCGACCCAAGGUCGAGCAAUCACGAAGCUUCUGCGGUUGUGUAGCCGAUGGCGCACUUUUGAGCGGCGGCGAAACCUCUUUUGAUCUUGGUCUAGAUGUUGGCAACGUUGGUGCGGGCGAGACGCUAGUUCACCUAUCAGCCCAGAAAAGCUUGUAUGGAAUGGAGCAUGCUGAAAUUCUUCUCGGCUCUUACGUCAAUCUUCUCCGGUCUUUUCUUCAAAAUCCAGCCACUCGGGUGGCCUGGCCGGAAUUACAUUCCAAAGAUGACCUCCAGGAGGCAGUCGCUGUGGGCCGAGGCAUGUUUAAUUACUCCUUGAUAAUUGUAGAUGAAGUUGCCUUGCGUUAUCCGGAGCGUGUCGCAUUGAAGAGCCACGAUGGCAACUCCUUGAGUUACGCUGAAGUCCAGCGUCGGAUCGAUGCUAUCGGCCAUGAACUCUUACGCAACGGAGUUGGCAUAGGCACCCGUGUUGGCGUUUUCCAGUCCCCGAGUGCGGACUGGAUAUGUUCUCUCAUGGCCAUCUUGCGUGUCGGUGGUGCGUACAUUCCAUUGGAUAAAAAGGUGGGGAUGAACAGACUGGCCAUGAUUAUGAAAGAAACACACGCACCCAUGGUAUUGGUUGAUACAAACUCCAUGUCUGACUAUGCGCAUUUGCAAACCACGGCGAAACCCAUUAACGUGUGUACACUAAACGGCUCCCCUGCACGUGCCGUCCGGAACAUGGCUGUGCCAAGCCUGACAGCGGUGAUCAUGUAUACUAGUGGAUCAACUGGUGUCCCAAAGGGGGUUAUGAUUGCCCAUUCGGCAUAUGUCCACCAGGUUCAGUCAUCCAGCGACGUCUGGAAACUUAAACAGGGAAGCGAGACCAUUCUUCAUCAAUCAUCUUAUGCGUGGGACGCGUCUUUGUGGCAGAUAAUGGUCUCCCUAUGUUCUGGCGCGACCCUUGUAAUUGCAUCUGAUCUCACAAGAGGCGACCCUGUUGCUCUCACAAGACUUAUCGCAUCGGAGAAUGUCACAUGCACCCUUGCGACGCCCACAGAGUAUCUCACUUGGGUGCGUCAUGGUCGCCCCCACCUCAUUAACUCUCGCUUGUCGACUGCGAUAUGUGGUGGUGAAUUCAUGCCAAGUGGCUUGAUCAAAGAGAUUAAGAAUCUCCAUCGGCCAGACCUCAAACUGAUAAACGCUUAUGGACCGGCGGAGAUCAGUGUUGCAUGCUCGGGUAGUGAAGUCCCGUACAGCCUGCUAGAUUCGACGUCAACGUCCCCUGCAUUCGCGCUUUACACUCUACCAAACUACUCUGUUUACAUUGUCGACGAAAAUUUGAACCCUGUUCCCAUCGGAGUUCCUGGCGAGGUGGUUGUUGGUGGUGCAGGGGUUGCGCAGGGCUAUCUUGACGGCCCCAAAACAACUGAACGCUUUUCAAAUGAUCUGUACGCGAGCAAAUUUUUCAAGGAAAAGGACUGGACAACAAUUCACCGCACUGGCGAUCGCGGAAAGCUCAAUUGCGAUGGUGGUCUUAUUCUCCUGGGGCGCCUGGACGGGGAUAACCAAAUCAAAUUGAGGGGAAUUCGCAUCAACAUUGAAGAAAUCGAGACGGCGAUCGUCAGUUCUUCAGCUGGAGCUAUCACACAAGCUGUUGUGUCCAUUCGUUCAGAUGCAACUCAAUCUGAGGGCGAUCAAUUUCUUGUUGCAUUUGCUACAAUGGCUACCACACACGAUUCUGAAAAUGCGGUUCAAUUUCUCGCGCGCCUUUCCCAAGAGCUGCCAUUACCACGUCAUAUGCGACCUGCUGCUAUCAUUCCAGUUGAAAACAUUCCCCAAAAUACCUCGGGGAAAACUGAUCACGUCGCAGUCAGCGAGCUUCCUAUUCCGUUGAUUUCAUCCCAGCUGCCGGACGACAGCACUCUCACGACAUUCGAAGAGUCAUUACGUCAGCUCUGGCAACAAGCACUACCACGGGAACUUAGCAAGUUUCACUCAAUUAGUUCCCAAUCCGACUUUUUCCACGUUGGGGGAAGUUCCCUCGCCCUUGUCAACCUACAAGCUCUGAUCAAGGAGAAACUCGGUGCAACUAUGGCGUUGUAUCAACUUUUUGAAGCUAGCAGUCUAAGUGCCAUGGCGGCCAGGAUUCAAGAUAUAUCUCGCCCCGCACUUGAGCUAGAUGUGAAUUGGGAUACAGAAGUUGAAGUCGCAUCCAACCUCACUUCAUCUCUAUACGGUGACUCUGGGCCGCGUAGGGCUUUUGGGGUCAAGACUGUGGUGCUUACAGGGGCAACAGGUUUCCUUGGGAAAGAAAUACUCCGAAGACUCAUACAAGAUGGAAAGGUCUCAUUGAUCCAUUGUCUUGCUGUCAGAAACCGAUCCUUGGGUUUACAUGAACUAUUUGCUCAUCCGAAAGUUCAUUUACAUUAUGGUGACCUGGGAGCUCCUCAACUAGGACUCUCAGAAUCUGAGGCCGUAUCUAUAUUCUCCUGCGCAGACAUUGUUAUUCACAAUGGCGCGGAUGUUUCGUUCAUGAAAACGUAUCAGACCCUCAAGCUGAUCAAUGUGGCAUCGACAAAGGAACUCGUCAAGCUUGCAUUGCCCCGGUGUGUUCCAUUUCAUUUUGUCUCGUCGGCCGGUGUUGCACGCCUUGCAUCCCAAGAAAGCUUCGGGGAGACGUCAGUCUCAUCAUAUCCUCCUCCAUCUCGACCAACAGAUGGGUACAUUGCUGCCAAGUGGGUGAGCGAAGUCUAUCUGGAGCACAUCAACCGCCAAUUCGGUCUCCCCGUAUGGAUCCACCGCCCAUCGAGCAUCACCGGUACUGAUGCACCGGAACUUGAUCUGAUGGGUAAUGUGAUGCGGUUUACCAAAGAAACCCAGAAAGUGCCAGACUCGAGUUCAUGGUCGGGAGUCUUCGAUCUCAUUUCUGUACAGUCAGCUGCAAGCCAACUCCUCGAAGCCGUUUACCAAUCCAGCGUGGCUGAACUAGGUACAGGAUCUCUGAACUACCUUUAUGAAUCUGGUGAGACGAAGAUUGGACGUGAUGAGAUUAUGCCCUUGAUGGAAUCGGGAUCAGGGCAACAGUUUCAGAUCGUUUCCCUCGACGAAUGGGUGAAUGCUGCCGAACAAGCAGGAAUGAGUGUGUUGUUGGGGGAGUACUUGCGCAGGGCCUCCGAUGGCCAAGUUCUCCUCCCCAGGUUGAUCAAAAGUGCUGGAUUUGAGGAUGUACGGGAAUAG